CCGUGAGCCCGCAGUAGCUAGUUAGGAGUCCGACAAAAAUUUUCCUAAUUAUUUGGCUCCAGACAACAAUUACGCAAGAGAAGAUGCAAACCUGAAUCCGGCUAACGAUCACUAUUUCCGUUCUUCUGUGUCCUUCGCCGCCGGCGUUCGCUGGAGAUGGAGAGACACAUAGAGCGGCUGCUGAAUCGCAUCUCCCUCUGCUUCGCCACCGUUGCCACACUCUCUCUCCUCCACCUCUUCUCGCGCUCCUCCUUCUUCUGCGCUCCAGCCCUCCUCUACCGCCGAAACCACGUGCAAUCCCUAACCCUAACCCUUUCACCCUUUCCCACCUCUUCCUGCGAAACUGCUUCCCGCGAUAGUAUCUCCCCAGAAAAGCGCUUUCAUAAGCUCCGCUCCUCCCGCGCCUUCGAACGGCGCGUCCAAUCAUUUUCUUCCGUGUUCCGCUCCCUCCGCUCUCUCGGCCUCCUCUCCAAUUCAUCCCACGUUCUCUGCGUUUCCGCUGGCGCUGGCCACGAGGUCGCCGCGCUUCAAGAUUCCGGCGUCGCUGACGUUACUGGGGUCGAGGUUACUGACUUCCCGCCUCUCGUCAAGCGUGCUGACCCUCACAACCUCCCAUUCUUUGACGGAGUUUUUGAUCUUGGCUUCAGCACCGGUUUCAGCGCUGCCCUGUUUCCCAUGCGGUUUGUGGAGGAGAUAGAGCGAACAGUGCGGCUCACCGGGGUGACGGCGCUGGCAGUUGAUGGGUGGGGUGCCAAGGAAGGUGUGGAGGACGUUGAGAAGCUCUUUAAAAUGUCCAGCAGUGUUGAGGUUAAGAAUUUUACCCUGGAUGGAUCUCCAAUGACUUUGAUUGUUAUGCGAAAGAAUAAUAAUGGAACGAAACUUUACUGAGUUUCUUUCUCGCUGUCUUGCUGUAUUUUCAGCUUUGUAUAUUCAUAUUGGUUUCAUUUGUUUUUGUGAAUAUAGUUAAUUGAGUACUAAUGCUUUGAUUUUAAUGAGUGUUGUGUCAUGUCCGAUUCAACUAUGUUGUUCUUAUACCGUAUGCACUUGAUAUAAAGUUUUCUAGUGUAAAACUUGUAAGUGAAGGCAA